GCCACGCUUUCGUUUCUCAAGAUUCAACGCUCCAUUCACCGCUACAUUAAAUGCUUCAUUCAAUCAGCAUCUCCCUUAAGUUACUCCUUUCCAAUAUUAUUUCAAAUUCCAAUAAUUCUAAUCAACAAUUUUCAUUAAAAACUAUUAAAUUUCAAUGGAAUAACCGAAAAAUUUAUCUGAAUUUUCAUCAGAUAUUCAAUACAAUAGAAGAACUAAAGAAUUUGUUAUCAAUGGAACCAAAUUUUUGGCAAAUUAACAUCUACUUUCAUAUCAAAGGGCUAUUUUUUUAUCCUCUACCGAGUAUCAGAACCGAGUAUUUGUUUAGUAUUAGAAAGGAGUGAGAUUUAUGGAUUUGUUGAAGAUGAAGAACAAAAAUCGCAUAGGCAAAGGUGACGAAAAUGCGAUUGAUUCUUCGAACAACUGCGAAAAUACAAGGAAAAUCGAGCACAUGCAAAGCGAGGAAGCUCAACACGCAAUCGAAUCUAGUGUCAAUGCUCCUUAGAAAAAGCUACAAAUACCAAGGAGGAUGACAUACACUACGAAAAGGUUGAUAAUGCAAUUGUUUCAAGUCUUCAUACAAAUCCUACAGAAGAAAAUAUUUCAGAAAUAGAAAAAACAGAAGAGGAUGUUGCCAAAACAGAGGAGGAAUGUGACAUUAUAAGGAAUGAGAAUAUGAAAAGAAUAGACGGUGAACAAGAGACCGUGUUGCAAACAACUUCAACUGAAUCAACAAUUUCGAUUCAAAAGAGUGUUCCUGAAAUUGAAUACAAUAGAGUCCCUCAAGCGAAAGAAAGGAUUAAACAUACCAUGAAAUUUACUACGGAAGAGGUACAAACCACUUCUGAAGUAAUUCCAAUCAAGAGGAAAGAAAAAGAAAGGAUCAUAGUGAGGAUUAAAAAUCCACAAAAGGAAAAAAUAAAUCCUAGGGGUCAACCACCAAAAAAAGUUACAUUGAAAAUUAAAGGUGAUGUUCAUGGAGUGAAGGCGGCACCUAUAUUGGACAAUGAUCAAAGGAAUGAAUCGGAAAAGUUGGAAGUAACAACUGAGAAUAAAGAAUCUGAGAAGUUGGAAGAUAACACAAAAGAGCAUGAAAAGGAAGAGAUGCCCCUGAAAAAUAAAAAAGAAACAGAAAAUGCCGAGGCAGAGCCAACAAAAUCAGAGGAAAAGAAGGAAGAGAAGACAGAAGCUGAUGAGUUAAGGCUGCCAACUGUUACAACUCAUUCAAAUGAGUUAGAAGCAAAAGAGCAUGAAAAGGAAGAGAUGCCCCUGAAAAAUAAAAAAGAAACAGAAAAUGCUGAGGCAGAGCCAACAAAAUCAGAGGAACAGAAGGAAGAGAAGACAUAA